GGAGCGCUCUCCUCCAGCCCCCCGUGCGCUCAGUGCUCAGUGUCCGCUCAGUGCCCGCUUAGUGCCCGCUCCAGACGCAGCCAUGGACGCCAUCAAGAAGAAGAUGCAGAUGCUGAAGCUGGACAAGGAGAACGCCAUAGACCGUGCAGAACAGGCGGAGGGCGACAAGAAGCAGGCAGAGGACCGCUGCAAACAGGCCGAGUCAGAUGUGGCUUCCCUGAACAGACGCAUCCAGCUAGUUGAGGAAGAGUUAGACCGCGCUCAGGAGAGACUGGCUACAGCCCUGCAGAAGCUGGAGGAGGCAGAGAAGGCAGCAGAUGAGAGUGAUAGAGGAAUGAAGGUCAUUGAGAACAGAGCAAACAAAGAUGGAGAGAAGAUGGUGGAUCAGGAUUUGCAGCUGAAAGAAGCCAAACACGUAGCUGAGGAUUCAGAUCGGAAAUAUGAGGAGGUCGCCCGCAAACUGGUUGGUAUUGAGACCGAUCUGGAGAGAUCUGAAGAGAGAGCUGAGGUAGCUGAAAGUCGGUUCAGGCAGCUGGAGGAGGAGCUUCGAGUCAUGGACCAGAGUCUGAAAUCUCUGAUUGCAGCAGAGGAAGAGUUUUCCUCCAAAGAAGAUAAAUACGAAGAGGAAAUAAGAAUUCUUGGUGAGAAACUGAAGGAGACUGAAUCCCGUGUGGAGUUCGCAGAAAAAUCAGUUGCAAAGUUGGAAAAGACUAUUGAUGAUCUGGAAGAGACUCUGACAGCUGCCAAAGAGGAGAAGUUAGAAAUCCAGACAACUCUUGACCAGACCCUGUUGGAGCUGAACAAUAUGUGAUGGAUAAACACAUUUUUGGAACUGUCCUGAGACCACUUUAAAUCCCCACACAUUGUUUUCCUUGAAUAGGAUUAUUCCACCUCUCCUUUUUUAACUUUUUAACUGAUUCCAAACUAAUAUUUCUUACGUUUAAUUAUUUAUUAGAAGUGAUGUUCCAACAAUAGCUGGUAUCAAUGUCCUCUCCAAGUAAUAUCAUCUGAUUAUGUUCCUUCACAUCGCACUUGAGUCAAUAAGAGGACAGUCUCCAGUAGCACUGUACCACCACAUUCCCAUACAUCUAUAAUGAAUGAGUAAACCAUUCCCUUUAUUCAUGCACCAUUACAUUCCUCUUCUACUGAAGCCAAUGGGAAGAUUACCUAUUACCCCCCUGCACAUUCCUGUGUUCACCAGUCACCAAUAAGACAUUACUCAGUAUCCGCUGCACUAUAACAUUUCAAUUACAUUUGCACUUAAUGAGAGUACUGCCCCAGUAUCCCUUGCACCAUCACCUCUUUUUAAAGAAAAUUAAAAAAUAUAGAAAAGCUUUCUUAGUAUCUACUUAAACCAUCAGAUACAUGAGUCCUUUUAAAUAUUACAAUAAGCAGCUGAAAUUUGCUGUGUCCUAACCAUGUUAUUCACAUUACCUACAAUGUUCUGAGCCAAAGUAAUUUCCCCUUGACAUGGUAGAUUUAGUUCUUUAGGCUCAUGGACCCAAGAAGACAGGCUGUGUACAACCAGACACUUGGCACUGUUGUGGGGCUUCCCACAGUGAUAAACAUACAGUAUAUUGUUUAUUACCAGUUUUCAUAGUUUGCCACAAAUAAACCAAAUAUUUUUUUUAAUGGUU